CUGUCAGUAGCUAAUCCGCGUCCUUCCCCCUUCUCUCUUCGGACAUUUCACCAUUUUGUUGAGCUCUCAAAUUCCCCGGAGCCCUAAUUUUCUGCAAUUCCUUUCAAUCCAUCCCUACCAUAUCAGAGAAAUGAAACCCUAGAAUUUCCAAAUUCUAGGGUUUUGAGUCCCCGAAAACUUAUAAAUGGCAUUUUCUUCCUCCUCUCAUUCUCCUCCGUUUCUCACUCCCACCAAAAUUCGCCCUCACUGCCUCCGCUCUGAUCCUUCCGUCAUCGGUUUUCCAAAUCGCUUUCUGAAUUUUCAGAUCUCAAGGCAUAGAAAAUCAGUUCAUUUCGCUUCUAUUGCCGAAAGAACGCUCGAAGCCUCGUCGUCGUCGUCCUGGAUUCCUCCAGAUGGAAACUCGAGCGAUGGCUACGGAGGUUGGUUGUUCGUUGAAAUGCCGAUCGAGAAGAAGAAAAGAGAACUGCCGAUGUUUCUAUUUUCUGGUGUUGCUGCUUCAAUUGCAAUCGUACUUGCUGCUGUUGCGCAUCGUUCCUUUUCAUCCAAAGGUUUUAAAUAUCGAUUCAAUGCCCCGCUGCAUGCCCUGCAAGAACUGUUUACACCAGCCCACUCCAAGGUCCCUGCAAUCAGAAUUGCAUCUGCUGAUGUAUCUGAGACAAUCCCGGAGGAUAAAUCUUCCAUGGGUCAUCGAGCGUCUGAUACGGCAGAAGAGGACUGCUUGUCAGGAGAGAAGCAAGAACGUAUAAUUAUUCCAGUUGCUCCAGAUUCCACUCAACAGGAAGCUCUCUCAGUUAUGAAGAAACUAAAGAUCAUUGACGACGAUGUUAAGCCCGAGGAGUUGUGUACAAGGAGGGAAUAUGCAAGAUGGUUAGUUAGAGUGAACUCUUUGUUGGAAAGGAAUCCAAAACACCAAAUAGUCCCAUCUAUGUUAAUUGCUGGUUCUACAGUUACUGCAUUUGAUGAUGUGAGUGUUGGAGACCCCGAUUUGUGGAGCAUUCAAGCACUUGCCGAAGCUGGUGUCGUAGCCAGCAAGUUGUCUGUGAAGCACUCUAGCUUUCAGGACAUGGAUGGCUCAAAGGACCAAGGGAGGGUUGUUUUUCUCCCAGAAAGUUUUAUAUCACGGAUGGAUCUGGUAGAUUGGAGAGCCAAGUUAGAUUAUCCGCGCAUGGCUGGAAUAGAAGAAAAGUGCUUAAAACCUGACUUGUUUACAGUCCAGAUGUUAAGGAAGAAAGUGGGUUUUAUGGAUGUGGCUCCAGAUGCAUCGCCAGAACUACUCAUGGAUUUGCUUGGUGGUGACAGGAGUAUAGCUAGAAAAGUGUUUGGAAACAGCAGGCGGCUUCAGCCACGGAAACCUGCAACUAAAGCACAGGCUGCUGUGGCACUGACAUCUGGCAGGAUGGCAGAAGCAAUUCGUACUGAACUAUUAAGACUUGAAGCUGAAAAUUCAUCGAGGCAAGCUGAAAUGGAAGAAAUAAGGUCUGAGAUACUUGGCAGAGGAGAAAUACAAAGGUUUUGGGAGGAAAAGUUGAAUGAAGAGAGAGCCCGUGGGUUGGAGGUUGAGGGAGAUUUUCAUGCAGCCAUGCAUGAUUUGGAAAAGGAGAAGACUGUUCGAGAUGAGAGCCUUGCUGACUUUUUGAAGGAGAAGGCAGCACUGGACUGCCAGCGGCAGUUGCUGUCGCGUCUUGAGGAAGAAAUCAAUGAGAUGCGGGAAAGGCUUGCUGCUGAGAGGGCUAACUUUGUGGCUGAACAGCUUAGUUCAGGGCAGUUGCUUGUGGAUUUACAAGCCAAGCAGGAGGCCAUGGUUGAAGCAAAAUCUAUACUGCAAGCCGAGAAAGAAGCUCUCAGAAUCCUCAGGUCUUGGGUAGAGAAUGAGGCAAGGCGAAUCAAAGAACGUGCAAAGGUUCUCGAGGAGGCUGGACGGAGGUGGAAAUGGGAUGCCAGAUAAAGUCUCGCCACUCGUGCUUUGCCUGAGAGCAAGUCUGCAUAUGUACUGUGAGGAAUCAAUAAUGUGAGGGCAACCGGAGCCAAACGUAGUUGAUCUUUUGAGGAGGUACUAUUGUCUGAUCAGAGCCCAUUGUCGUAGUCUCCUGCUCACCUCCAUUUGUUGUUGCCAUGGGGGCCCACAAAAGUAUGUUCUGUCCCAUCACAGCAACCAUUGGUUGUGACAGGAUGUGUCCUGAAAGACAUUUGGCAUUUCCCAACCAAUUUUCUAUAGUUUGACAAUUGAAGUCGGUUGCGUUCAGUCAUUGUAAAUGAAACUAUACAAGCAUCAAUGUCGGGACAAGAAAAAAAAAAAACUAAUGUUUUAGAGAAUUAACAGAACAAACUAGGGCUAGACUCCUAUAUUAGUUACA